AUGUGGCGGCGGGCGUUGCGCGCAAGGGCCCCGCGGCGGGCCCGCUCCCAGGCGGCGGGGCGCGGCUGCUGCUGGAGCUGCGGGGCCCCGCUGGGAUCGGCAGGGCCCGCCUUCUGCCCCUCGUGCCGCGCUUUGCAGCCGCCGGAGCCCCGCGCGGACCUCUUCGGGGUGCUGGGCUGCCCGCGCGGCUUCUCCCUGGACCUGGCCCGGCUCCGGCAGCGUUUCCUGGCCCUGCAGCGCUCGCUGCACCCGGACCGCUUCAGCCGCCGAGCGCAGGCCGAGCGCGGCUUCUCGGAGCAGCACGCCGCCCUCGUCAACCUGGCGUACCACACCCUCCGCAGCCCGCUCAGUCGCGGCCUCUACCUGCUGGAGCUGCGCGGAGUCGAGCUGGCGGCGGGCAGCGAUGCGGAGGCCGAGCCCGGCUUCCUCGCCGAAGUCUUGGAGCUGAACGAGCAGCUGGCGGCCGCGGAGUCCGAAGCCAGCCUGGCCGGGCUGGAGCGCCUUCUGGCAGCCAAGCAAGCGGCUCUGGUGCAGGAGCUGAGCGGGGCCUUCGAGCGAGAUGACCUUCCAGAGGCCAAAAGGCUCCUGGGCAAAAUGAAAUACUUUGCGAACCUAGAGGAGAAGGUGAAGGAAAAGAAAGGCCCUUCUUGACCCUUUAAGGCAACCCCUGAGGCGCUUCCUCCGUUCUGAGACUCAGGGAAAUGGGGGGGGGGGGGGGUGGUAGCAACUUUGUGCUCUGCUUGUGGAAGAGAUGCUGCCGGUAACAAAAUAAAGGCGCUCUGGGGAUCCAUUUCCGUUUGUCUGGAAGAAAGGCACUUGGCCAAGAUGGUGGCUGCUUCUUGCAUCUCUCUUGGCAGAAGUGGGCCGACUGUGCUUGGAGAGACUUUUUACUGCCCUGCAGGAUGGUAGGCAUUAGGGCAGGGGAGCAGGGGCUGUUUGCCCCACCCUUAUUCCCUACAGCCGGGAGUCUGGGGCAUGCUGGGGUGGAUUCACAGGGGUUGCAGGGAAUAAAAGGGCUAAAACUGCUCAGGAAAGUUUCUCAAGUGUCCCCUGAAUGCCAUUUGAGCGACCCGAGCCCUGAAGCCACACCGGGGCUGAAGACUGGCUUCGCUCAAGCAAGAUGUGGGCCCCCCCCUCCUGUUGGGGGUCUCACAACUGUUAAUUUUUCCACGUUGUACGUAUUUUAAAAGUCUCUGUUUCCUUCACAAUUUCCUAAUUAAAAUGGUGUGAGAUUUAA